AUGUCUCACGUUACCCUCGGCCAGCAGGGCGUGGCUGCCGCCGAGGCCAAGGACUGGGACGGUGCCAUCACCAAGCUGUCCAAGGCGCUGCAGUCGUCACUUAACCCGGGUUGGCUGCUCGCCCGUUCCAAGUCGCUCGUCAACCUGCACAGAUACAACGAAGCACUCGACGACGCCAAUCUGGCCUGGCAUGCGGCUUUUCAGCGUAACAAACGACCCCUCAUGAUCGAGGCCAACUACCGCCGCGCCGUCGCCUACUUUCGCAUGGGCCAGUUCGCUAAUGCUGACGCCUGCUGCAUCUACGCCAUGCGCCUUGUUAAAAAAGGCCCCGCGGUGGACAAGGAGGAUCCCGUCGCGCACCUCAAAGACCCUGCAACGGGCCGCUGGACGGCCACAGUCGAGGAUGCAAUGAAGGAGGCGCGGACCGACGAGAUCAACAACGUGCCUGCUGCCAUGGCUAUGUCUGAAAGUUCUAAUAAUACUUCGAAUGCUCAGGAAUGGCGCAUGGCGAGCACGCUUCGAAUCCAGGCCCUCUCUGCUAUGGCCAAGCUACCCGCGGACGACGCCGCUCGAACGGCAACCGUACAAGCGAAACCCGAGGAAAAGAAACUCGCAGAUUUGCCAGGCAAUGUUGAGGAGACAAAGCGAGCAGCGCCUUCUUCUACAGCUCCUACACAGACACCCACCAAGCCGCAGGUACCUAGCGAUACGCCACUGCGACUGCAAGACUUCCAAAGCAAUACAAACAUGACCGUGUCCAUAUUCUCCAAAGGUGUCAACAAGGAGAAGCUCAAGGUUGAUUUUCAGCCACAUUCGGUUCACCUGGACGCCCUCAUGUACCCUAGCGGUGAUGAAAAGGAUUUCCAGCUCGACCUUUGGGGCGAGAUCGAUACUACUGCCUCCAAAUACACUGUCACGCCGAACAAGGUCGAACUCAACCUUGUCAAGAAGAGCCCAGGGAAAUGGGCAAAGCUUACAUCAAAUGGAACACCUAGAGGACCAGCUGAGCCCGCCGUCGCUCCCGCUAUCUCGACUGGUGAGAAACCAGCCGCUGAAACUCCCAGCGUCGUCAAAUCGGCAUCGACGGCUGCCCCUGCGUACCCAUCCUCGUCGCGCACCGGCACCAAGAAUUGGGACAAGCUCGACCUGGGUGAGGACGGCAAGGACGAUGAAGAUCCUAGCGACGUCAACGGCUUCUUUAAACAGAUUUUCAAGAAUGCGUCACCCGAUGCGCAGCGAGCCAUGAUGAAGAGCUUUACCGAGAGCAAUGGCACAAGCCUAAGCACGAACUGGGACGAGGUCAAGAAUGGAACAGUUGAGAUGGUGCCGCCAGAUGGCUUGCAGCCAAAGAAGUGGGAUUAA